AUGUGCCUCGACUUCCCUAGUGGCCCUGCGCACAUUCUCGCCCGCCUCACAAAUCUGUCCACUAAUACAUGGAGAGAGAAGGAGCCUGGAGACGGAAGCUACGAACUGGUGCCCUGCCCCAACCAAUUCAAGAUCACAGACCCCCCUUUGGAGCGCCCCCCUGAUAGUAUCUUCAAGACUACGCGAAACGACAACGAGCCCAGUCUCUCCCACGAGGACCGCGCCUUUCUAGAGAUUAUGGAGAGAGGGAUACACAAGAACGCAAGUGGUAACUGGGAAAUGCCCUUGCCAUUUCGUGAUGAACGCCAGACAAUGCCAGACAACCGAGCCCAAGCCAUGCAACGCCUACAAGGGCUUCUUAAGACGUUCAACAGGAAACCUGAAAUGAAAGCGGACUACCUGGAGUUCAUGGGCAAGAUAAUCGAGAAGGGCCACGCCUCUCCUGUCCCGCGCGAUGACGCUCCGCCUCCCCCUGGGCGUUCUUGGUACUUACCGCAUUUCGCGACCUACCAUAACACAAAGCACACUAUUCGCGUUGUGUUCGACUCGAGUUGCGAGUUUAGAGGAGUGUCGUUAAACAAAGUGCUUUUACCUGGCCCUGACUUGAUGAACAACCUCAUUGGAGUUCUAAUGCGUUUCCGCAAGGAGAAUGUUGCCGUCAUGUGCGACGUCGAACAAAUGUUCCAUUCAUUCCACGUAGACCCGGCACACAGAGACUUCCUUCGUUUCCUGUGGUUCGAGGAUAAUGACCCGUCGAAACCCGUCACAGAAUAUCGCAUGAACGUCCACCUGUUUGGCAAUGGACCGAGCCCCGCAGUCGCCACGUAUGGACUUCGCAGAACGGCGGUAGACGGCGAGGAGAAGUACGGCGAGGAGGCCAAGAAUUUUAUAUGCCGCAAUUUCUACGUCGAUGAUGGUUUGGCUUCGCUGACGACCGCCCAAGGAGCGAUAGACUUGGUGAAAGGUGCACAAGCCACCCUAGCCACAGCUAAGCUACGACUACACAAAGUCGUGUCAAAUUCGGUGGAAGUCAUGGAAGCCUUUCCCGCUGAGGACCGAGCAAAGGAUGUGCGUGACCUCGACCUGCGCAGCGACAGUCUGCCCGCGCAACGGUCGCUAGGAGUUUUCUGGGAUUUGGAGACGGAUGCCUUCACCUUCAAGGUGUGUUCACCGGAGAAACCAUUCACCAGGAGAGGAGUCUUGUCUAUUGUCAACUCUGUGUAUGACCCGCUCGGUUUUGCGGUACCUGCCAUACUCGAGGGGAGAAAAAUACUACAGCAGCUCGUACUCAUGGGGGAGCGAAGAGCCGAGAACAAAACCCCCUUAGCCUGGGACGACCCUCUUCCUACCGCAAUGAUGAACCGGUGGACGUGCUGGAGAGAUUCUCUCCUGGAGUUACAGCACCUAUCUGUCCCCCGCUGUUACCACCCAAAGGAAUUUGGCACCGUGACCAGAGUGGAACUACACGCCUUUUCUGACGCGAGUCAGGACGCCAUUGGAGCUGCAGUCUACCUCCGCCAGUUCAACGAAGUAAACGAGAUGUCCACGUCUCUCGUCUACGGUCAAGCCAAGGUUGCCCCCGUAAACCCUACAAGCAUCCCACGACUCGAACUGUGCGGAGCGGUGCUAGCAGUUCAAGCAGCUCAGAGAGUUAUCAAAGAAAUUGACGUAAAGAUCUCGGAGGUGACAUACUACACCGACUCGAAAGUAGUGCUAGGCUACAUCACAAACGAAAGCCGCCGGUUUUACGUCUACGUGGCCAACCGAGUACAGCUAAUCAGAAGUCUGUCUACCCCAGAGCAGUGGAGAUAUGUGGAGAGCGAGCAGAAUCCAGCAGAUUUGGCCACGCGCGGAGUUCCCCCUGACAAGUUAAUGGCAUCGACCUGGCUCGGAGGGCCAGGAUUCCUUAAAAGACCACAAGGUACCCCUCGACCGGAUGAAACGUUCACACUCGACGCGAGUGAUCCUGAAGUUCGCAAGGGAGUGCUCAGGGCCAAAGUCACAAUGGAUAAAAGAGGCGAAGAACCAGACGUUUGGGCAAAAAGAUUCCAGAGGUUCUCUUCCUUAAGGUCCCUGCAGCGCGCAGUCGCCAAUCUUAUCGUUGUGGCAAGAGAAUUCAAACGCCGUAGAGACUCCAAAGCACGAGGAGUUAACCCUAGGAGUGAAGUGCCUAAAGGACCGGGCAAACGUAGACUUCCAACAGUCGAAGAGUGGGAUCAAGCUCUGCGCGUCAUAAUAAGCACCACACAGAGAGCAGCAUUUAGGGAGUUGUUGCGAGAUGCCAGGACGGAGCCCGAGCUACCGAGAGAAGUUCAGCACGGCGCAAAGAAAUCCCUCAAAGGCUCACAUCUGUACCACCUUGACCCGUUCCUUGACAACUACGGGAUCCUGCGCGUCGGAGGCAGAUUAAGGAGAGCAGAGAUGGAGUACGGAGAGAAACACCCAAUCAUACUGCCAAAGAAUCACCAUGUGUCACGGCUUGUAGCGAAACACCACCACCUCCAGGUGCACCACCAAGGAAGACAGAUUACCGGAGGAGCCAUUCGACAGGCAGGAUUCUGGCUCAUCGGAGGUCAUGACACUGUGACGAAAGUCGUCGGAGCUUGUGUUCCCUGCAAGAAGCUAAGAGGACCACCACUGGAGCAGCGCAUGGCAGACCUUCCGCCUGAUAGGACUGAAGUCUGUCCUCCCUUCACUAACGUGGGCUUCGAUGUUUUCGGCCCUUGGGCGGUGCAAACGCGUAAAACAAGAGGAGGGACCGCGAAUGCUAAACGCUGGGGUCUGGUCUUCACGUGCCUCAGCAGUAGAGCCAUACACAUUGAAGUCCUAGAAGCCAUGGAUGCCAGCGCCUUUAUCUGCGCACUGAGGAGAUUCUUCGCGCUACGAGGCCAUGCUACGCUUCUUAGGUGCGACAGAGGAACUAACUUCAUCGGAGCCAAAACAGAGCUUGGAGAAGCAGUGUCGGAGCUCAACGACAAGAAAGUGGAGAAAUUUGUGACGGAGUACGGAUGCAAAUGGGAGUUUAACCCUCCCCACGCAUCACAUUUUGGCGGCGUGUGGGAAAGGCAAAUCAAUACCAUCCGUCGAGUAUUAGAUGCUAUGUUUGCCGAACUGGGCAGGCCUCAGCUGACACACGAGUUGCUUAUCACACUGAUGGCUGAGGUGGUAGCCAUCGUUAACGCCAGACCCAUAUCUGCGCUGCCAUCCGACCCAGACGACCCACUACCUCUGUCUCCUGCGAUGUUACUGACAAUGAAAACACGCCCAGCUGGACCCCCUCCAGGUCAGUUCCUACGCCCUGACAUAUACGCUCGUCGUCGCUGGAGACGUGUUCAGUUCCUAGCAGAUCAGUUUUGGACGAGAUGGCGACGGGAGUACCUACAAAGCUUGCAGCCCCGACGGAAGUGGACAGAGAUGCAGCGAGACCUACGCGUCGGAGAUGUCGUCCUCAUGCGAGACGAGUCACGGCACCGCAACGACUGGCCACUGGGACGAAUCUCAGAGGCCAUAAGAAGUGAGGAUGACAGAGUUAGAAAGGUUAAAGUUGACGUUGUUAGAGACGGAGAAAGGAAGACCUACCUAUGA